GUCGUUAGUAGCACCUCAGCCAGACCAGCGCAGCGUGAUGGUGUAUUGAUUGAAUAUAAUUGGUUCGGAGUCGAAAAGUUUAUUGAAUACGAUUGAUGCGCUCAUUCGAUUCUUGCGUAUCAUUUGGUAUUCUAAGAUUCGGUUAUGGGAGCCAAUAACAGCUACAUUACUGUCGGACAGCUCGAAGAGUAUGCCGAACUCACCUAUCUUACUAAAUCUGAAAUUAUCUACGUGUUGCAAAAAUUGGUAGCCCUCGACCAGACCGACAGUUUUUCACUUUCUACUCGAUUUCCAGAGGGAGAUAUCGUUGAACUGUUCCCGCAGCUAAAGCAUAAUCCUUUUCGCGACCGUUUGUUGCACGUGUUUUCGUCGGAAAACGAUGACCAGUACUCGUUUGAGGAUUUGCUCGAUAUGUUCAGCGUGCUGUCGGAUAAGUGCCCUCUGCGGGUGAAGGCUACCUGGGCCUUUCAGCUUUAUGACUUUGAUGACGACCAUCUGAUUACGAAAGAAGACAUCCUGGUGCUGUGUGAUCGACUAACAAAACAGGAUACGCUGGAGCAGGAGGAAAAAAUGAGUAUCGCGGAUGUGUUAUUUAAAGAGAUGGACCUUCAGAACAAUGGUAACUUGGGAGAGUUUGAAUUCGUUCAUGCAAUAUCCAAAAUGCCCGAAUUUCAGCACACAUUCUCAUGCCGCUUAUAGAAUAAAAACGAAACCGAUUGCUGCAA